AUGAACACCUUGGCGCUGGAACACCUGGCGCACAAGCAACCCUCCGUUGACUUUGUGCACGAGUACCCCGGGAAAGUGCAGACGGACAUCGUGGCUAGUUUCCUUCAAUCCCCAGAGCGCUUUCGCUCGAGGCUGGUAUUCUGGAGAUGGCUCAAAGGGAUGCUCACGCUCGUCUUGCAGGCCGUCCUGCUGCCGGUGUUCUAUGUGGUGGCCAUGCCCUUGGCCGAGUCCGGUGAGCGCCGACUCUACGAAGCAACUGUGGACUUGUCGCUACAAUGGCAGAAGCAGUUGCAGAGCACCCCACGCACUGGAAACGUGGCUGCUCCGGGGUUCUAUCGGACGAAGCACACGUUCGACAUCGUGAUGGACGACACUGUGCUUCAGCCGUACCGGGCGCUGGGCAUGCCGGAGAGAGCCUGGGAACACAUGGUGGUAUUCCGGAGUGUGCUGGACAAGGGCAGUGCCAAGAAGUAG